GAAUCUAUUUGACAUAUGAAAUUGCAUGUUGUUGCAAAACUGAAAUUACCCCAUAUUAGAAGAAGCUAGCUAUAUGGGUGUGGUGUCUCUUGCUGCCUUAUCACCACUCAAUUUCAGAACUCAUUGCUCCUCUAAUACCAACAAUUCCAUUUCCACCACAAUCCGGCCGGCCGUCAUUCUUCCUGGUUUAGGCAACAACACAGCAGAUUAUCAGAAACUGGAGGCAACUUUGAAUGGAUUUGGAGUUCAAACAGUUGUUGCUAAGGUUUCAAGAUUCGACUGGUUUAGAAAUGCAGCUGGUUUGCUGGACUCUAACUACUGGCGUGGCACUCUCCAGCCUAGGCCUGUUCUUGAUUGGUAUUUGAAGAGGGUUGAUGAGGCAGUUCUCGAAGCGAAGGAGCUUGCUCAAGGUGGGACUUUAUCUUUGAUCGGUCACUCGGCAGGAGGAUGGCUUGCUCGUGUCUACAUGCAAGAAUUCGGUCUUUCUGAUAUUUCAUUGCUACUCACACUUGGUACUCCUCAUUUGCCACCUCCAAAGGGUGUGUCGGGUGUUAUCGAUCAAACAAGAGGUCUCCUUUACUAUGUCGAUGAACAUUGCGCUAAAGCUGUUUACACUCCUCACUUGAAAUAUGUAUGUAUUGCUGGGAGGUAUAUAGAAGGGGCUCGUAUUGUUGAUAGCGCAAAGACAGAAGUUAGUUCCGUAGUCCCCAUAGGCAAUGCCCAACCAGCUGUGAAGACUCUUCUUGUGAAUGACACAGGCAAUGGAACAACUACAGGGACAAACUUCCGUGCUCGCUUUAUCGGGCAAGGGUAUAAGCAGGUAUGCGGACAGGCAGAUGUAUGGGGCGAUGGUGUUGUUCCAGAGGUAUCAGCCCAUCUUGACGGUGCACUUAAUAUUAGCUUUGAGGGAGUAUACCACUCACCGGUUGGUUCAGACGAUGAGCUGAGACCAUGGUAUGGUUCUCCUGCUGUUGUAGAGCAAUGGAUAGAACAUCUCCUGAAUUAGCAUUGUUAAUCAAAGUUUAAAAAAUGGGGAUAAUAGCAAAUAUGUUUGUAAAUUUCUUUUGGCAUUUAUUUUUAUAAUUAUGAACUAAGAAAUGGAUUUAUCUUCACUUCAAAACUAGUUAAGAGUAUAUACAUCCGGCUCUUAUUUUGGAGCA